AUGUUGGGCGACAAACAUGCCUUGCAUGUUAAGCAUUUACAAGAACCACAUUUGACGCAUUCCGAGCUGGCACUUUGGGCUAAGGAGACGUUCAAUCUGUGCUCUACGCCAUCGAAUCAGAACGUCGGACGCGCCAUCGCGCGACACAAGAUACAAAGCCAGCGUGCCGACAUCAAAGCACGCUCCAUUGACCUCGACGUUGCUCUGCCUGCCGUUGAGUCCAGGCUCGUGGAAUGGGUGCUACGGUGCGAAGAGCUUGGAGUCUGUCUCACUGGCGAGCUCAUUCGCAAGCAUGCCACCCGAAAGCAUGGACUCACCAGCAAGAUCCAGCACGGCGAGGCCGGCUCGACGUCCCUUGAAGCCGUCGCAGAAGGCCGCCGCGACAUCCAGGCAGCUACAAGUGGUUUCAGUGCCAUGGACGUGUACAACAUGGACGAAACUUCCUUCUUCUAA